CCGGCCGGAGCAGACGCCCUCUCCGCGGCUCAGUCGUGCCUCAGUAUCACACUGGAAAAGAAGUAAAAUUGAAUAAAAAUCAUGUGUGGAGUUUCUUCUUAAAUGAAGAAGUGAUUGAGAUUAUGGAUCGGAGCAAGCGGAACUCAAUUGCAGGAUUUCCCCCACGUGUGGAGCGGCGGGAAAAUUUGAAGGAGGUGGUGGAGGGGGAUGGGAACACUGUGCAGGUGGGAAGAGUUUCGUCAUCUUCAUAUCGUGCAAUUAUUAGUGCCUUUUCCAGACUGACAAGUUUGGAUGACUUCACCCGAGAAAAAAUAGGAUCUGGGUUCUUCUCCGAAGUGUUCAAGGUGCGACACAGAGUUUCUGGUCAGGUGAUGGCUCUCAAGAUGAACACGCUGAGCAGUAACCGAGCAAACCUGCUGAAAGAGAUGCAGCUCAUGAAUAGACUGUCCCAUCCCAACAUCCUCAGGUUCAUGGGUGUGUGUGUACAUCAAGGACAGUUGCAUGCACUUACAGAGUAUAUCAACUCUGGGAACCUGGAGCAGCUGCUGGACAGUGACCUGUAUUUGCCUUGGACUGUAAGAGUGAAACUGGCCUAUGACAUAGCAGUGGGCCUCAGCUACCUUCACUUCAAAGGCAUUUUCCAUCGGGACCUCACAUCGAAGAACUGCCUGAUAAAGAGAGAUGAAAAUGGUUACUCUGCAGUGGUAGCUGAUUUUGGCCUGGCUGAGAAAAUUCCUGAUGCUAGUACAGCAAGUGAGAAGCUAGCAGUGGUGGGCUCACCUUUCUGGAUGGCACCUGAGGUUCUCCGAGAUGAACCUUAUAAUGAGAAGGCAGAUGUGUUCUCUUAUGGUAUCAUCCUCUGUGAGAUCAUCGCCCACAUCCAGGCUGAUCCGGACUAUCUUCCCCGCACAGAGAAUUUUGGGCUGGAUUAUGAUGCUUUCCAGCACAUGGUGGGAGACUGUCCCUCAGACUUUCUGCAACUCACCUUCAACUGCUGUAAUAUGGACCCCAAACUGCGCCCAUCCUUUGAGGAGAUUGGGAGGACCCUAGAGGAAAUUAUGAGCCGCUUACAGGAAGAAGAGUUGGAGAGAGACAGGAAGCUGCAGCCCACAGCUAAAGGACUAUUGGAGAAAGUGCCUCCUGGAAGGAAGCGACUGAGUUCACUGGAUGAUAAGAUUCCCCAUAAGUCUCCACACCCAAGACGUACUAUCUGGCUGUCUCGAAGCCAGUCAGACAUUUUUUCUCGUAAGCCCCCACGUACAGUCAAUGUCUUGGACCCUUAUUACCAGCCAAGAGAUGGUGCUACACAUACCCCAAAAGUCAACCCUUUCAGUGCACGCCAAGACCUCAAGGGUGGGAAGAUCAAAUUCUUUGACCUACCCAGCAAAUCUGUCAUUUCCCUUGUAUUUGACCUGGAUGCACCAGGGCCUGGAACUACACCUCUGGCUGACUGUCAGGAGUCUUUGGCCACGUCUUCCAGACGGUGGCGGUCUUUGCCUGGUUCACCUGAGUUCUUGCAUCAGGCUUGUCCAUUUGUGGGCUGUGAAGAAUCACUAUCUGAUGGGCCUCCACCAAGACUCAGUAGUCUUAAGUACAGAGUAAGAGAGAUCCCACCAUUCCGGACAUCUGCCCUAUCAGCUGCUUUAGGCCACGAGGCCAUGGACUGCUCUAACCCCCAAGAAGAAAACGGUAUUGGACUCAGGCCUAAGGGGACCAGCCCAUUCACUGGGACUGCCUCUGAGGAGAUGGAGGUGGAAGAAGAAAGGCCACGAAGAGCUCCUGUCCACUUCUCUAUUUCUGGAAUAAGCUUGCAAACCCAGGGAGAGCAGGACAGGUGAGAUAGGGGCAGGACUAGUCCCUGCCUCACCUUGGGGAUGAACUUUGAGCUGAAACUACUGGAUUCUCUUGGUGCACAGCCUCGCUCCUCCCUGGAGCUCUCCUGCACAAAGCAGGUAGAGCAGGCAGGCAGGCUGGGAAAAGCCUGGCUUAAAAUUGGGCUUUCAGUGCCCAAUGGCUACAGUAUGAGGUGUUUCAAUAGUUAGGGCCAACCUAAUUCUAAGCCUCUGAAGUCCAGCAAGGAGCUUUGGCUCCCAUGAACCA